UUUCACCGAUGUCAACUCCUUUCACCUGUGAGCAACGUGCGUGGCAAUGCUUUCAGUGUAAUCUGAUUCAUGCAUUUCGUCGGAAUAGAGGUACUUGUGGAGUGAAUUCCAAUUCGAGAAUUAGCUGGAACGGAACCAAUUAGCGCCAAUAUGAAGCCGCAGCUCAGUCUUGAAGAGAAAAAGACUCUCAUCAGCCGGAACCUACAGGAGGUACUGGGGGAUGAGAAGCUAACCGCGAUCCUCAAGGAGCGUGACCUUAAGAUCUAUUGGGGAACAGCGACUACGGGAAAGCCCCAUGUAGCCUACUUCGUGCCUAUGUCGAAAAUUGCUGACUUCCUCAAGGCGGGAUGUGAGGUGACAAUCCUGUUCGCCGACUUGCAUGCCUACUUAGAUAACAUGAAGGCACCUUGGCCCCUGCUGCAGCUAAGGACGAAGUACUAUGAAGCUGCAAUCAAGGCAAUGUUGACUUCGAUUGGAGUGCCCUUGGAAAAAUUAAAGUUUGUCCAGGGCACUGACUACCAGUUAUCGAAAGAGUACACUCUGGAUGUGUACAAACUAACAUCUGUUGUUACCCAGCACGACGCUAGGAAAGCCGGGGCUGAAGUGGUGAAGCAAGUCGAGUUCCCGCUUCUAUCGAGUCUGCUUUACCCCGGACUUCAAGCCCUGGACGAGGAAUACCUAAAGGUUGACGCGCAGUUUGGAGGAGUCGAUCAACGGAAAAUCUUUACAUUUGCAGAAAAAUAUCUUCCACAGUUGGGAUACGAGAAACGAAUUCAUCUGAUGAAUCCAAUGGUUCCUGGAUUGACAGGAGGCAAGAUGUCUUCGUCAGAAGAAGACUCAAAAAUAGAUCUUCUUGAUUCCCCAUCAAAUGUGAAGAAAAAACUCAAGAAGGCAUUCUGCGAGCCAGGAAACAUUGCUGACAAUGGACUCCUCUCUUUCGUUAAGCAUGUAUUAUUUUCACUUUUCAAGGAAGGGGAAGGAUUCACUAUAGAGCGCAAAGAAGAGAACGGUGGAAACAUCACAUUCAUGAAAUACGAAGAUUUAGAGAAAAGCUUUGCCGAGCAAUUAUUACAUCCAGGUGAUCUGAAAGGUGCUGUGGAAAACUAUAUCAACAAAUUAUUAGAACCUAUUCGUGCUGCGUUCGAUACGCCCGAGUUAAAGAAAUUAAGUCUUGAAGCCUAUCCACCUCCAGGAAAACAAAACAAAAAAGCAAAUGAACCAGCAGCCGAGGAUGGACCACACAGGUUAGACAUUCGAGUAGGAAAAGUUCUUUCUGCGGAAAAACAUCCCGACGCUGAUACGUUGUACGUUUUGCAAGUAGAUGUUGCUGAAGAAACGCCACGAACUGUUGUUAGUGGUUUAGCAUUGUUCGUUAGCCUUGAAGAGAUGCAAGGACGUCUAGUAGCUCUCCUUUGUAAUCUGAAGCCGUCUAAAUUGAAAGGUGUUGAGUCGAAAGGAAUGGUGCUUUGCACAUCGAAUGCGGAUCACACCGAAGUGGAACCUAUCUUAAUACCUUCUAGCGCAGUUCCAGGGGAAAGGCUUUCGUUCGAAGGGUACAGUGGAACACCAGAUGAGCAACUGAAUCCUAAGAAAAAGGUAUGGGAUAAGCUACAAAGUGAUUUGAAAACAAAUACUCAAGGACAAGUGGUUUGGAAGGAUAGUUUCUUACUUACCCCUCGUGAAGAGAAAAUCACAAGUAGAUUAUCGGAUUGUCCUGUGAAGUAAAUGCUUUAUUGGAGUGGAGUGGAGUGAAGGCGUGCGUAAAAGUUCUCGAGGCUUGUAGGAUCGUUGUUUCAUUAGGAAUAAUACGUCAAACGAAUCUGGCCUUUGCAUACCGAAUUGUAACUUAAUAUAAACAUGCUGCGAAAGUAUGAUUAUACAAUUUUAUUUUGAGCAUUUAAUGUCAUGCAUUUUGUCGAGAAAGAAUUCUACGUAAGCUUCAUAAAUAGAAAUACACAGCAAAUAUGACAGCCGAGGAUACUCUGAAUGAAAUGUUUGUUUAAUUUUUGA